CCUUUCUAAUUCCUGUGUACAGACACAGCCAUCCCGGAUUAUUUCUGGAGGCUGGAUGAGGCUCUCCCAGCUCCAGGGCAGCAUCCAAUCCCUACCUCCACCCCUAGCCAGGAUUUCCUGGAAUCACGGGAUGGUUUGGGUUGGAAGGGACCAUAAAGCCCAUCCAGCUCCAGCCGUGGGCAGGGAUACCUUCUGCUAUCCCAGCUUGCUCCAGCCUGGUCUUGGACACUUCCAGGGACGUUCCCGGCGGUUUCCCGGUGUCCCGGUUGCGAUUCCAUGUGUUUUCCAUCCCUCUCCAGCGCGAUGCAGCCGCCCCAAGGCCGUGGCCAACGCCCACAUCGAGGUGGGGAACAACACGGGGCUCCACUCCCUGCUGCGCUAUUCCUGCGACCCGGGAUACAAGCGGAAAGCCGGGACUUCCAACCUCAUCCAGUGCGUCCUCCGGGAUGGAUCCGCCCGGCCCGGCUGGACCGACCCCACGCUCCAGUGCAUCCGAGACCCGGCGGCUCCUCUUCCACAAACCCCCGUCCCCGCGAUCCCGACGGAGCCGCGCACGGAGAGCACCACCCGGAGGGGUGAGCAACUCAAAAAUUUCGGGAUUUUCGGGGGCCAC